ACAUCCCUCUUCAGAAAAGUAGUCACCAAGCUGAAGCCUCAGGAAUAUUCAUAUAUUUUGUUUUUUUAGGUCAUGGGGAUAUUAGAUCUUUUUCUCCAGUCCACCACUUAUGUCUCCCUGCUGGGGGGUCUGGUGGUCCUGCUUCUCCUCUACCUCAUCUCCUUCUCCAGCUUCAGCUCCCGGGCUCACAAGAAAGAACCUCCAGGACCAAAACCACUUCCCCUGCUCGGCAACCUGCUCCAGCUAGACCUCAAGAGACCCUAUAACACAUUAAUGGAGCUUUCUAGGAAAUAUGGAUCACUGUUCACUGUGUAUUUUGGACCCCAAAAAGUGGUGGUUCUGGCUGGGUACAAGACAGUGAAGGAGGCACUUGUCACAUAUGCAGAUGACUUUGGUGAAAGAGAUCCAAUGUUAAUAGCAGAAGAAACUAAUCACGGCCAUGGUAAGGAAAGAAUAAAAAGAGAUAAUAAUUUUCCUGUUUUGUUAACUUUCUGCAAAGGUUUAUUAUUUACCCAUUAUCAGUCUUUUCAUUUAAAAACAUAUUUAAUCUCAGGGGUUUUAUGGUCCAAUGGUGAUUCAUGGAAAGAGAUGAGGCGCUUUUCUAUAACUAACCUCAGAGACUUUGGCAUGGGCAAGAGGGCAUGCGAGGACAAAAUCAUUGAGGAAUGUCAACACCUCAUGGAAGUGUUUAAGAAUUUCAAAGGAAAAGCCUUUGAUACGAGCCAAUCAAUGAACUAUGCAGUCUCUAAUAUUAUCUGCUCCAUGGUCUAUGGCAGCAGAUUUGAAUACGAUGACCCACAGUUUACAACUAUGGUAGAUCAAACAAACAAAAGAGUUCAACUUGUGGGGACCCCAUCUAUACAGAUGUACAACUGGUUCCCAUGGAUCUACAAAUGGGUUGCUAACAGAAAAGAAGUCCUACAGAUCACCGACUUUGUCACCAAACAAAACUUAGAGCUGUUCAGUCGUUUGAAGGAGACCCUCAAUCCACAGAUGUGUAGAGGCUUUGUGGAUGCCUUUCUAGCCAAAAAGCUAAAUCUGGAGGAGUCUGGGAUUACUAACAGUCACUUCCAUGAUGAUAAUCUCAUGUUGACAGUCCUGAAUCUGUUUGCUGCUGGCACUGAUACGACAGCAACUACUCUCAGAUGGGCACUUCUGCUUAUGGCCAAGUAUCCAAAAAUACAGGACCAGGUCCAGGAGGAGCUGAGCAGGGUGAUAGGAAGUCGUCAGGUGCAGGUCGAGGACAGGAAGAACCUGCCCUUCACUGACGCUGUCAUCCAUGAGACACAGAGACUGGCCAACAUCGUCCCUAUGGCAGUGCCACACAGAACCAGCCGAGACAUCACUUUCCAGGGUUACUUUAUUAAGAAGGGGACCACUGUGUAUCCUCUCUUGACAUCUGUCCUGUAUGAUGAGAGUGAGUGGGAGAGCCCACACACCUUUAAUCCUUCCCACUUCCUGGACAAAGAUGGAAAGUUUGUCAAGCGAGAUGCCUUCAUGCCUUUUUCUGCAGGUCGCAGGAUAUGUCUUGGAGAGAGUUUGGCCAGGAUGGAGCUCUUCGUCUUUUUCGCCACUCUCCUGCAGCACUUUCGCUUCACUCCCCCGCCCGGAGUUUCAGAAGACCAACUGGAUCUGACUCCACGUGUGGGCUUCACUCUCAACCCUUCACCUCAUAAACUGUGUGCUGUCCCCUGUAUGUGAGGAGGAGGACUUGGACCUGUGUUAGAUUUAUCUCAGUUUCAUGCUAAAGAGUAGAGUGUAAUUCGUAUAAGUGCUCUUCCAAUGCAUUGCCACAAUAGUGAAUAUGUUCAAAACCACACACCGAAUAUAUAUAUAUAUAUAUAUAUAUAUAUAUAAACUAUAAAUAUAUAUAUAUAUAUAAACUAAAACUAAGCUAUAUCAGCCUUAAGGUAGUUUAAAGAGGCUCACUGUGUCAGUAGUAUCUGUUCUUGCUCUUCCUUCCUUCCCCUGCAUACCUAUGCAUGUGUACUGAUUUCACACAAGUGUAUGUUUUUAUGUGGAAUAAAGAGUUGGGAGUGGAACUUAAGGUUUUAUGCAUGCAUGCAACAGAACCAAUAAAAAGUUGUGCUAUAAUUAAUUGUAAAUUGUAAUCCGGGUUUGGAGGGUAACUUUAAAAAUUUAAUCCGAUACAGUUAGUAAUUACAUGUUAAAAAAUGUAGUCAGUUAUCUAAUCUAAGUAUCACAAUAUUAAAGUAAUGUAACUCGAUUGCUUUCCGCUACUUCUUGAUUAACUCAACACCAAAUAUGUAAAAAAAAAAAAAGACAAAGUGAAAGUGAAAAUGGAAACUGAAGAUUGUAAGCAUCAAAAAUGUGUCCUAAAUAAUCCUAAUUUUUUACUAAAUGUAACUUUAAUCUGAUUAUGUCUAUUUUCUGUAACUGUCCUGGAUUGCAGUUACUUUUUUUGUAUUCUGAUUACAUGUAAUCCGUUACUCCCCAAACCUGGUUGUAGUAUGGAAGUUGUCCUCAAACACUCUCCUCCCUCAGGGAGGUCACGGCACUGGGUUAGCUAGUAAACAAAAUAAUCAGUGAUCAAAUUCCUUUAACAUCAGACAGGAUUCAAAUGAAAUGAGGAUUUCUGAAAAGCAGCUGGGUUUCAUCCAAACAGAUACUGCCCUUUUGCCCAAAGAACCUCUCUGAUCUGUGUGUGUUCAAACUUUUAUUUUAAUCACAUCUGGCUGCAGUUUUGUGGACUGAUUGAAAAGGUAACACUUUAUAUUGAGGUUCUUGUAAGAAGUAUUAAUUAAUAGGUAAUAAUGGCCUUAUAAGAUGCUUAUUAACAAUAAUAUAUGUUAAUUAAAGAUCACAAACCACUUACAAUAAAAGUGUUAACGGUUUAAA